AUGCUUGAGAACAAUUUAUUACCUAUCACGAGCACGGUGAUUAUUAAGAAAUUCCUUCAAAUAGGAAGAACAAAUAUGUUUCUUCUUUAUACUACAGUGCUAAUAUGUAGCUUCUCUUCUUGGAUUUCUUUAAAUUCUAAUGAUAGUUCAUGUAAUAAGUUAUGUGAUGAUAAACAAUGUGAGCCACACGUUUUCAGUGUUCAAAAGUUUAGAGUUUUAACCGAGUAUAAUAAUUAUAAUUACGGCAGUCAGUCAAGUCUAAAUUCCUUAGAGGAUAUGGAUGAUGACGAAAGAGAAGAAUGCUUACAAGAAUUGAUAUCUUAUUAUAAUGUGUUUUUAAAUUAUUAUCCACGACUUAACACUAAAGACAAAAUUAUUAACAUCAGAAAUCCUGAAUUAACACGUAGACAAAAUUAUGUAAGUAAUGGGAAAGACAAUACGCCACAGGCUAAUUCAGACUCCGAAAGAUCAUAUGGAUAUGACGAAGUAGACAACCAGGAGGACGUGGAAGAUUUUGAAGAAUUUGAAAUUUUGAUUGAAACUGAACCCUCUGGAGAAGCAGAUUACCUCCGGCAUUAUCUUGAUAUGGAUAUAGACAUUGAGGACAAAGAGCUAACGGCACUUGAUGGAAUCUAUGAGGAAAUGAGUACGUUUAAACGAAAAUAUUUGGAAAUUUGGAAUAAAAUUAUUACAUAUAUUAACAAUUUGCAGUGGAAUAGUGCAUUCAUUCAUGAUUACCUUCUUUUAUUUUCACAACUUAAUAUAUUAAUAACCAUGUUCUUCUUACAUAUGGCAUCACCAAAUAUUUUUAUGACCAUUUGUGUUGUAGCAUUGACAUUUUUUGUACUAUAA